AGAUUUUAUGAGUUUCCUCUUUCUCGUAGCUGGGGCGGGGGCCGUGCCACGCUGCUCUCACGGGGCUGGCAGAGGAGCAGCCCCGCGGGACGCUGCGCAUGGGGACAAUGGGGACAGCGCCCCGCAGACCCAGAAUGGGGACGGACGGCUCCCUGCUCGGUUGCUGAAGGCAGACACGGAGGACGCUGAGGCCACCGGGAUGCAGAGCAUCAAGUGCGUGGUGGUGGGCGACGGGGCGGUGGGGAAGACCUGCCUCCUCAUCUGCUACACCACCAACGCCUUCCCCAAGGAGUACAUCCCCACCGUCUUCGACAACUACAGCGCCCAGAACACGGUCGAUGGCAGGACUAUUAACUUAAACCUCUGGGACACGGCCGGCCAGGAGGAGUACGACCGCCUCCGGACGCUUUCCUACCCCCAGACGAACGUCUUCAUCAUCUGCUUCUCCAUCGCCAGCCCGCCCUCCUACGAGAAUGUCAAGCACAAGUGGUACCCCGAGGUGUGCCACCACUGCCCCAGCGUGCCCAUCCUCCUCGUCGGCACCAAGAAGGAUCUGAGGAAUAACCCCGAGACCAUGAAGAAGCUCAAGGAGCAGAACCAGGCGCCCAUCACCACCCAGCAGGGAAUCAGCCUCUCCAAGCAGAUCCACGCCGUCAAGUACCUGGAGUGCUCCGCGCUCAACCAGGAGGGCAUCAAGGAUGUCUUCACGGAGGCGGUGCGAGCCGUGCUCAACCCCACCCCAGCCAAGCCCAAGAAGCCCUGCGUCCUCUUGUGAGGGGCAGCCCGGGCGCAGCGCCAGCCCAGCCAGAGACGCUCCUGCCCCGGCCCCGCCGCUCCCCGGGCACUGCCCAGCGCUGCAGGACCCUGCCAGCAUCUCCCCGCUGCCCCGGCUCCGAGCACCCCUGGCUCCGAGCAGCCCGGAUCUGAGCACCCCCAGCUCCGAGCACCCCGGAUCUGAGCACCCCGGCUCUGAACACCUCCAGCUCUGAGCACGUCCAGCUCCGAGCACCUCCAGCUCCGAGUACCCCGAUUCUGAGCAUCCCCAGCUCCCUCCAAACACCCCCAGCUCUCAGCACCCCAGCUCUGAGCGCCCCUGGCUCCCUCCAAACACCCCAGCUCUGAGCACCCUGGCUCUGAGCAUCCCCAGUUCCAAGCAUACCCGUCUCCAAGCAGCCCCAGCUCCCUCCAAACACCUCCAGCUCUGAGCACCCCCAGCUCAGAGCACCCCAGCUCCCUCCAAACACCCCCAGCUCCGAGCACCCCAGCUCAGAGCACCCCCAGCUCCCUCCAAACACCCCAGCUCUGAGCACCCCCAGCUCUGAGCACCCCCAGCUCCGAGCACUCCAGCUCCGAGCACCCCCAGCUCCCUCCAAACACCCCGGAUCCGAGCACCCCCAGCUCCAGGCUCACUGCCUCCCGUGGUGCUCAGCAGGGCCGAGGGCUGCCAGCCCCGAGCUGUCACAGUCCGAGCGGCACUGAGCACUCCGCACUACCUGCCCAUUUGCCCUGGGGCCGGCCGGGCUCCCUGCUGCCCCCAUGGGUCCUGCACCCCCUCCGGCCCCAUCCUCAUCCCUGGCUGUCAGCGUUCGCUUUCGGGUGACGCCUCUGCAGUGCCGGCACAGAGCAACGCUUCCUGAGAAGGGGAUGCCCGGGGGAGCUGAACCCCCCCGGCUCCUGCCUGGGCACCCAGCCCCACGGGGACCCCGCAGGUGCCCGGGGUCCGUCCUGCGUGGGGCUCCCGGGGUGGGCACGGCAUCGCCGCUCCCCGCGCACCAGCACUGGCGUCAUGCCGCCACGGGAGCCCGGCCGCGGCGAGAGCGGAGCUGGCACAGGCCCUGGGGAGGGUUUUGUCCCCCAGGACCCCGGUGACGAAGAACUGCAAAUGGCAAUGGGACCUGCCUGCGACGAGCUCCUCGCCGAGUUGCUUUUCCGUGAAUAAAACCAGCCCUGCCCAGGC